AUGGACCGGCAGAGGUCGAAAAACAAAGACCUGAACUUGUGGAGAGCUAAGCUCGCUCAAGAGGCCAACAGAUACGAAGACAUGGCCAGGUACAUGAAGACGGUGGCCGAGAGCGACGAGGCGAUGACCAAGGACGAGGACAAUCUGUUGGCGGUGGCGUACAAGCGAUUGCUCGAGCACAAGCGGAAUGCCCGUCGGACGUUGAUGGCCAUCGAACAGAAAGACGGACCUACGGAAUUAGACAAGACAAUCGUGCAGGAGUACCGGUCACUAGUAGAGCAGGAACUGCGGGUGUUGUGCGACGAGGUUCUGUCGGUGAUCGAGACGGCACUUAUGCCUAAGGCGUCCGAUCCGGCGGCCAGGGUGUUCUAUUGGAAGCUGCGCGGCGACUACCACCGGUACGUGGCCGAGGUGAACGUGGCGGAGGACCGGUCACAUGCGGUAAACGAGUCGCGGGAGGCGUAUGAGCGGGCUGGCGAGAUGAGCCGCGAGUCGCUGCGGCCCACGCAUCCACUCCGGCUGGGCCUUAUGCUCAAUUACUCGGUGUUCCUAUACCAGAUAUGCCAGCAACGACGCCAGGGACACCAGGUGGCCAAACAGGCGUUCGACGACGCCAUAGCCGAGAUAGACGUGCUAGAGGAAGACAGCUACGACGACUCAACGCUGAUCAUGCGGCUCAUUCGGGACAACCUGAGCAUUUGGAAUCAAGAGAGUGGCGGCUCUCUCGACGAGCCACCCAUCUUGCCGGCCGAGUCCGACAACAACAUCGAGGAUCUGAUCAACAACACCUUAACGCCGUGA